AUGCCAUGGAGCUCCGGUGGUGGAAGAAACCUAUGGAGAGGGGCGAAGAAGUGCAGAGAUGACCAGUGGCAAGCAGCGGGCCCGAAGUUCCACUUCGUCUACUGGGAUGCCUGUGGUGGAGACGCCGAAGGUUUCCAGUUGGAGCAAGCUUAUUCCAUGGAGGAUGCUUUCGAAGCCAGGGAGCUCACCGUUGGUCCGGCUUUGUGCGAAGAAUGCGGAGGGGUGAUGGAGUCGUGGAGGCAUCGCUUUGAUAUGAUCCACGCCUGCAUUCGUAUGCUCGCCAAGGAGGGCCAUGGACUUCGUCCAGAGGUUCUGACCUUUUCGGCCCUGUCCCCUGGGAAGUGCUUGAUCUAUGACAUACACAGUUUCCGUGCCCACAACGCCUGGCAGAGGAAGAAUGUCCUGACAGAGUCGACCACCCUCGGGGUAGCCCUGCAAGUAGAGCGGGGCCAGCUGGACGAGAACUGCGGGGUGCAGGUUCGGAGCUUCGACGGGGACUCCGGAAGAGCCGUCCAUCUCAAGAACUUCGCCAAGAAGGUGGUGCAAGCAGCCCGGAAUGAGGAGGGCGCAGCAGCUCUUCUGGUGGUGGACCCGGAGGGCGUGGAAGUCGCCUCUUUCGGGCUGGGCGCGGGCGGCCGCGGCUUUUUUGCCUCCCAAGCAAAGGAGGACCCGAUACGACAGGUGCUUGUCUUGCUAGGCCCAAUCGACAAGAACAUCCCAAACGAUCGAAGGAACCUCAUUGAGGCCUGCGUGGAAGGAGGCUGUGACGGGCCUCUGCGCUUGGCUUUCACAUCCUGGAGACUGCCAAAUGCAGCAGUUGGUGACUUGUUGAUGCAGCAUGACAGGUGUGAGCUACUCCCUUUGCUGGAGGAUCUCCGUGCAGUGGGUGAAGAGCAGUAUAAGCUUUUCUUAAAAAGCUUUCAGACGACGCUCCAGGUUAUGGCCCUGAAUGCCGGCCAGCCCGACCUGGUGGAAGCCUUCCACGAGGCUGCGAUUCAGAAUCAGAAGCCGGUGGAGGAGCUUCCCCUGAGGCCCAGACCUCCACAGCAUCCCCCUCCAGCUCACCUCAAGGCCAAGAGCUCGGCCGAAAAAUGGGGCGAAAAGGAGACAUCUCAAGCCGAUGAGGCCUCGGUACCCCCGGAGCCACCGAAGACUCUGCGGAUGCUACCCACAGCCAAGAAGAGGCCCUGGAGAGAUGCAGCGGACGAUGAGAUAGGAGAUUUCAUCAAGAAGGUUGAUGAAUGUGAGAUGGUGCCGGAUGCCACAGCUUAG